GUUCUAUUACACUUCUGUCAAUUCUUAAUGCAACUCUUCCUUUUCGCAAGAAUAAUUAAUUAAUUAAUUACUUAAAAUUGUUUAAGAUUUUGUUUGUGCGCUAUUUUCUAUUUGAUUUGUUUUAUUUGGGAAACAUGGAUAGAAGAGCUGUGGCUUUAAGAAACAGACGUGUGGAAAUGAACAAAGUCAUGCCGGGACAGCCCGCCGGUGGAGAUUUUCAAAAUAAUUUUCACCACAAAGGAAAUCGACCAACUUUAAAUGGCUCACAAAUUCAUGCGGUAAAUGAUGUAAACAAUGCUGUUGGCCCAAGUUUAGAGAGUGGUCAGUGCAUUGUCUGCAAGAAACAUGCAAUAUGUGUUUGUGAGCGUUGUGCUGAUUAUUACUGUUCUCCACAAUGCCAGAAGGUGGAUUGGCCUAGCCAUAGAUAUAUAUGUUUCCCCCUUCCGAGGCUUGUGAAUCCUACUAAUGCACUGUCGUGUGAUGUAGUAUAUCCAUCUGAAAAUCCUUUGUUGACAGUCAGACAAUUCAAUUCGCUUCCAAAACAGAAUUUUCAAAAUUUUCAACAGCCGGACUUUAGUUUGAAUGGUCGGCAGCAACAACAGCAGCAACAAACUUUUGUAACAAAUUCUAUUAAGGUGCCGCAGGUUGGUACUAAUCAGGUGCAGCAAAAGAAGGAGCCAACUGCCACCGUGCCCGUUGCUGAAAUGCCAAAGAACAAUAGCCACGUUAAAUUAACAGGUUUCCGUACACCCAACCGUUGUUAUGUACGCGCAGUAACUCCAGCCAUCGACGAUGAUUGUAUGCUAAAUGCACGAAAAAUUGAUGUUUAUGGUAAAAUUGCUAAACCUCUGGGGAAAAUGCCCAAAGUGCACAGCUAUGCCAUUGCACCUUAUAACGGCAUAAUGCAUCGCGUCGAAGUGUUAAUGGCACGUAAUUCCCAAAAUAUUCGUUUACUUUUUAUUGAUCGUGGAAUUGUUGAAUCACGACGUCUUAAGGAUUUACGUGAAAUUACUGAUGAAAUUAUAUUGUUGAAACAAUAUGCAUGUUUGAUACCGCUAAGUAAUGUCACCAACUAUGUUUUAAACGAAACGAUGGUAAAACAAUUUGCUACAUAUGAAGAUUUGGAUUUCAAAAUAAAAUAUCAUCGAAUUGAGGAUCAUGUAGAACUUUUACAUUGGCAAACAGAAAAAUCCCUUAAUGAGGAAAUUGAAAAUUUUUGCAAAGAGAUAGACGCAGAAAUUUGGGGAGACAGUGUACGCGCAAGGGUACAAGGAAGUAAUCAGAAAAAAGGUAAACCGGGCGCUAAAUCCGAUGAAACGAUGGUAAACAAUCAUAAAGAAAAAAGCUUCGAUGAGGGAAAUGUAAAUGGUGAGGAGGAAGAGCAUGAUGAUCAAUUUUAUGCCAUAAGUGCAAACGAUCAAAAUUCUAUGGUGAGUUCUAACAUAAAAAUACCACAGAAGCAACCUAAAAAAGAAGAGCAGAAAGUGACCGAAGAGGAGAUUGAUAAAGGCGUAAAAAACAUCGCCAUAGCAGAAGAACGUCCAACCAUGGAAGCUCCCUACGAAACUUACUACUUUAAAGUGGGCUGUGCACCCUUCAAAGCGGUAGUGCUUGACGUUUCAUUUUUGUAUAUCGGUUACAUUGGUUGCAUUGCAAAGGAGGAUUUAGCCUGCUUGCAGACGGUACAUAAACAGUUGGAAUCAAUCAAAGUGUCUGAUAAGCCAUAUAAGCCACAAUUGAAUGAAUAUUGUAUUGCAAAGUUUGAGGAUAUGUGGUAUCGUGCGCAGGUUACUGAUAUACCUGACCAAACCCAUUUCACAGUGACGUACAUCGAUUUCACAAACGAAGCAACAUUAACUAGUGACGAUAUACGUCACUAUCCGUCUGGUACCGCUACCGGUAUAUGCAAGACCAAUUUAUGUCUGAUUUAUGGCCUGCCAGCAACCGACUUCAGUGAUGAGCUCACGCAAUUUCUGAAUAAUGAAAUCGAAUUGCAAUCUAUUAUUGAUAUUGACAGUGUGAAUAGUAUCGACGAUCAAGUCGUAGUUAUUGAAUGUAGAAGUCUGUUGGAGAAAAUACGUAAAAAAAAUCUACUCUAAUAGAUGUAAAAGGGUAGACUCAAAACUACAAUCGCUAAGUCGAUGUAGCUUUAUACUCGUACACAUAAUUAAUCCUCCCACUAUCGUAACAACUCGAUUUCUUGUGUGCAUACAAUGCACAGUUAAACAGUUAUUAUUUACUAUAUAAAAUUCCAUGAGUUGAAUAAUUAACACUCAUCAGCAGUCAUUCUGGCUAACACGCAGCAUCGAGCCCCAUAUGAAUUCAACUAUUUACUUUGCUAGUGCUUCAUCAAACUCUUUAUGCAAAAGUUUGUGGUUGUAGAACAAAAAAUGUAAUGAUGAUUAUUGUUACUAUAACCAAUAUAAUGUGCUUACGGCACCGUCAUACACACGCUCGGAACACUGUCAAUACAAAUUAUACAACGUAUGAAAAUCCACUUUGUCUUUUUGAAAAACGCCUGGAUUUGCUUAUGCUUCUUUUGAGCAAAUUUCUUUCCUUUUCGUUUACAUUUAGAUUUUCGGAAUUUUUUUAUAUUAAUUAUGAAUUUUAUAUUAAUACACAAUCGAUGCUUGCUGCUCCUUUUGGUCUUUCCAUGACUAAAUAAAACAAUAUCCCUGUUGAUAAGGAUGCACUUUUCGAUAAGUGUGGUCCUCAAACAUUCAUAUAAAAAGGUGUAGUGAAAAUCGAUAUGAUUUUUAUAAGUAAAUAAGUCCCCUAGAGUUUGAAGACACAGCAACUAUUGCAACAAGACACGCUUUGAUGUUGCAUAUGAUUGAUCUUACAUUUACAAAUCGAAAGAAAAUUUACUUGUUGCGUUAACCUUAUUUGAGAUUUCUAAACUACAAGUUGAAUAUAUUAUCGCACUUUAGGAGUUAACUUGUCAGCAAAAAACUACUCAGGUCAGUUAAAGAACCUGCUAUGUUUGAAAUAUACAAUAUAUUAUAUAGUAUGGCAAAUUCUUCAUGGAAAUAAUGAUUUUUGGUUGUCUCAAAACUACUUUUUUUUUAUCAAAACAUACUACUUUAUGCUGCUACCAACACAUGAAAAUCAAUUUCAAUCUAAUUGUAAUGUGUCUCGCAAACGUACGCUUGCUUGUUCUACUCUGCUAUCUGGCAUUCCUUCUCCUUAAAUUUUUGAUUUUAGCCUACUUCAUUUAUGCGGCCAUUUCGAAGACCCGAGCGACGGUUUUUGAUCAUUAUCAGCUUGAUUGUACUUUUUCACGCAUAAAUUAUAUUUACUUCCACUAAGCUGUGGUGUGUCGUAUGAGUGAAAUGCAUGUAAUCCUUUGUAGACAUGUGCUCACUUGAUUAGCGGCUUGUGCAGUAGCAUUUUAUCGUUUAAAAACAUGUAAAGUGCGCAGCUUUGAUAAUCCAUCAUUACGGAUUUGUAGCGUUCAUUGGCGCCUAAUUGACUUUCCCGUAAUAAAACUUGCUUUGGAAACUGGACGCCUUAAAGAGAAUUCCAAUCAACAAAAUCCUUUGCCACAUUGGCCUCAAUUGCUUGCUCGAUCAACUUUUUUGAAAUUAAUGAUGAAGGGUAACUCUCAUUGCAAUUACUGCAUUUCGGGUAAUCAAAUUGCAUUAUGUAAAAUAUACAGAAAAAUAUAUGUAACAAAUAAAUA